UCUGGGAGCCAGGUUUGCAAGCGGGACUCGCCAAAGCGGCAGCCCCGCCGCCGCCGCUGCCACCUACCCCCUUUUCCUCCUCCUUCCUCCCUACAACAGCCUCCCGCCCUCCUUUCCUUUAUUUUUCCAUCGGAUCUGGGAUCCCACUGGAGGGAGUUGAGUAAACGAGGACGUUUCCAAGGGCUGCGUGGCUUCUGCUCUGUUACCCUGGCAUUGGAAUUGCCUCCGCGACUCCCGAAUGAAUUGAUGUUGGACUGCGAAAUUUAACGAGGAAGAAGAGAGAGAGAGAAAAAAAGGCGUUGAUAGUGCUUGGGGGUCUCCGGGAAGAUAUUUUUUCCCCUUUUUUCAAACCCUCCUCGCUGUGUUAUCUUGCAGCAGAUGCUCUUGCGAGAGCGGCUGGUUCCUCUGCAAGCUUGCAGAAGUGAGCCGAGAGAGAUGCACCAUCGCAAAGGAACCGCACUGACCUUUACUUAUUUCUAAGGGAAACGCUUGGAAGGCUAAGUAACACGAUGGCUAAAGGAACUGAUCAUGAGAUGAGGAAUCUUUCAUCUCCAGCCUCACAAUCUCUCAAUGAUGAAAGUACCACGGGAAGCGAAGAACCCAGCAAAUGCUUGCUCGCGGUUUCUGAGAGUGAAGUUGACUCAGCAACGUCGCUUGCCUUAGAAAUGAAAUAUGCAUUGGAUCCCAACCGACAAAUCAAGAAGAGAAACAAAGCCCUACAGGUGAGAUUCAAAGACAUCUGCGAGGCCCAGAAUGAGCAAAGGGAAAAACAACUCUCUUUGUUACAGCAGGGUGACCCAAAGGAAGCCAAACCCAUCUCUUACAGAGCAGCUUACCGAAAAUACAUGACCGUUCCUGCCCGGAGAUCAAUCCCUAAUGUUACUAAAAGUACAGGAGUUCAGACUUCGCCUGAGCUGAAAAAGUGUUACCAGACCUUCCCUUUGGACCGGAAAAAGGGAAAUAUAAUCAAAAGCAUAGCUUCGGUGGACGCUUUCCCAAGUCAAAACAACGGAUUCCUAAUUGACGUUAAAGAGAAAGACAGCAAAAUCUCAGGAGAGGCUCUUCAGUGCAGCAAGAAAGUCAGCGGAUUUGUGACAGCUGAAUUUAUUUCACAUACUAAUGAACGCAUCAACGCACUAGAGCUGCCUUCUAAGGACAACGGUUUGGAAACAUGUAUAAGCGCUGAUUUGCACAGCUGUAGUAAAGAACCUCCUUCUCUACAAGAGUCAGCAGCUUCGGUUUUGGAAGAGCCUGAUUACCAGCUGCAUGACAAAGCAAAACACCACACUGGGCCACUGAGGUACGAGGAAGCUAAUCCAGCCAGCCGAGGAAAAGUGUUCAAGACAGAAGUAGCUUCGGUCUAUUUGCCUACAUCUGGUUCACACACCUCACUGGCUGACCAGCAACAUUUGGCAGCAACGGGGAAUGACUGGUCCCUGUGUUCAGCCGAGGAGGAGGAAAGGAAAAGAACUCUGCAUCUUAACGGUCUGCAGUCCCAAGCUGUAAGUACAGCUCAGGCCUGCCCCGCGCAGGCACCGUGCCAGUCUACCCAAUGUAAUGAACAGACCCUUCAGGUAAAUGUUUCACCUAUGGAAGGGAAACAGCCUUGUCAGACAGCAGUUGCCGUGAGUGAAGGAUGUCAACAAAUUGUGCCUCACACUGAAGUGGUAGAUUUGAAAGCACAGUUACAGAUGAUGGAGAAUCUGAUCAGCUCCAGUCAGGAAACCAUAAAGGUCUUGUUGGGUGUUAUUCAGGAGUUGGAAAAAGGAGAAGCUCAUAGAGAAGGGCUUUCAUAUCGGACUGGUCAAGACACAUCCAAUUGUGACACAUGUAGGAAUAGUGCGUGCAUAAUCUAUAGUGUGGAAUUAGAUUUUAAGCAGCAAGAAGACAAACUCCAGCCAGUUCUGAGAAAACUUCACCCUAUUGAGGAAACUCAGGUUGCACCUUUGCCUUAUUCUCAGGAGAGUUACUCCUCAACUCCCAAGCAAAAAUCCAAAACUGAAUCAAAAAAGCAUGGAAGAUGGAAACUCUGGUUUCUUUAACUAAAUAUAUGGAAUUUAAGGUCGCCUUCAUUUAAAAAAAAAACACACAUCCACGUGAACCUGUGGAGUUUUUUUAAAAAAAGGAUCCUAGUAAUUUGAACAGGUGACUGUCAGCAAGUGUUACUCUGACAAUAUUACGAAAGCAUUCUUUCUCACCAUAUGUACCAAAAAAGGCCUUUGUACCUAUGAAUGAACUUUCAGGAGUAAGGCAUUCAAAUUGCAUACACCUUGUCAACUUUUUAUUUGAAUUUCACCAAUGUGGGAUGUUAAAAAGAAUGUUUAAAGCCAGGAUAGAAAUUCAUGUUAGCAAAAGGGGGAAAAAAAGUAUAAUUACUUGCCCACUGUGUUCCUUUGUUAAAAAAUAACAUGUUAAUGUUAUUUUUUCAAAGUCUAGAUCUUGUUUUGAUCCUUCGGUUUCUUUCUGGUAAAAGAAAGGGCAGAAUGUUUUCCCCCCCUGAAGUCCUUCGCUGUAUACUUAAUUUUCCACAUGUGAUGCUGGGGUGGGUGGAACCAUUUUCAGCACAUAGAUAUCCUGAGGAAAGCACAAUAUUUUCAAUGGUCUGAGACCACGAAUAAUCAUUUAAGACGUGAUUAUGUGUUAUGUGCUGUAGCAUUUAUGCCAAGUGAUUGCACCUCAGUGAAAUGCUGGCACUUUUAAUUUACUGUCAUUUUCAUCCCAUAACCUACUGCUCACUUUAAAUGUUGAGUAGUCAAAAGCCACCUAAAGUCAGGGCAUGCCUUUAAUUACUGGCAGUUGACAGGGUCAAAAGCUCAGAACACUUAAGCUUUCUUAGAUAUUAUUUUUAAUCUGUUGGUACCCAACAGCUAAAACUGUAUGUUUUCUGGCACCAUAUUUGGAAUGAGGGAAAGAGAAGAAGGGAAGAGAUACAUAACAGUAAGUAAACAGAUCAUUGGCAGCUGCCACAAUUUAAUACACUUUUGUAAUUUAGUCUCAAGAAAACACUAUACUCUCUUGACACACUGUGCCAGAAAUUUUAUAAUAUAUUGUGUUUUGCUUUUUAAGAGUUCACAAGAGCCUGGCAGUUUUGCACAUGAAAGGAAGAUACGGAACCAUCCUAAUCCUGCUACUAAAAUAGUAUUAGCAAAUGAGAACGUUGAGUGAAAAUGUGCAAUUAACGGUUUAAGAGUAAUUACACAUACUGAACAAAAACUCUACUAGUUAUUUUUAGACACUUUUAAUUCCAUCAGUUUCAGUGGCAGGGGAUCAAGCACAUAAUUAACUGUCCACUAUUUCCUGUAUUUAAACAAUGUCUCUGAAAAAUAAUAAGCUUUCUUUGGAGAUUUUUUUCCCCCAUUUUUUAAUACUUCAAAUUUUAAUAAGUUAUAGGUACAUAGUUUAUCUCAAAUUAUACAGGUUCUUCUUCAUAACUAGGAAGCAGAAUAAAGUGAGAAAUAGUGGUGGAAAUCUCCAGUAUAAUGAAUGCAGAUGUGCUACAAUCACUUCAAUAUUUAAACCACUUUCAUGUUAUAUAGUUUAUAUUGAGUUUUAUUUAAAAAAUACAAUUUUGUUGCUUUAUGGAAAAAUACCUGAGAUGUGCACAUGAAAAUACAAUUGAUACAUGAAUUAUGAUCAACUUCAAAAUUUCCCUGUUAUUCUAUAACUCAUUUUCUACUAAUGUUCCAAGAGGGCUCUACCAAUGACUAUUAAAGGAAGUAUUUCUGAGUUUUAUUUUUAGUAUUACUUUUAAUUGUUUUUUUCAGAAAGUACAAGGCUCAGAAAGUCAUUUUGAUGCUGUUGGAAAAUGUGACUAUUUAUAUUGGAAAGGAAUGGAAUGAAACAUAAUACAUUUUACAGUCUUUUUAAUUAAAGUCCAUAACUUUAAUCACUAUAUUGCCAAAAGUAUUCGCUCACCUGCCUUUACUCGCAUAUGAACUUACUGUAAGUGACAUC